CGGAGCUGGUCACGAGAGAAAGAGAGAAAGAGAGAGAGAGAGAGGGAUGGACGGCUUGGCGACUCUGUAAAUAUCGCGUCGUCGCCUUAUCCAUACUGCCGUCGUCAGCCGUGUUCUCUCUCGUCGCUCGUUUUCCUCUCCCCUUGACUUCGCGGGCUUCCUCCGACACCUAGACCCAGAGUUUGCCUCCUCCGCUGACGGCGCGAUAAUGAAGACCUCGCAAGCUUACGCCUUUCUCUCCCUCGCCCUCUUGGGCGAGGCCUGCAUUCUCCCCGGCGAAGCCUCGGGCGGCCACAUCGCUCGUCGCCAGGCUGCGGGCUCGAACACGGGCAUCGCCAUCGGCACGGGCGACCGCUUCGAAGGAGGAAAGAAAUUUCCCCGUGGCCUCGGUUCCCAGCCCUCUGGCACGAACCUCGAGACCCUCCUCAACGUCAACGAGAUCAAGAGCGCCGUCCGCGGGCUCGUCGAAGAGUACGACAUCGAAUACUUCGAGUCUCCCUACAAGACGUACCAAAACGCGUCUUGGUUCGGCGCAAAGGUCGGCGGCUCCGGCAACUGCAGCGACGCCUACCGCGUCUAUUUCAACGCCGCCAUUCACGCCCGUGAGCGCGGCGCCUCGGACAACAUCGUCUACUUCAUCUCGGACCUCCUGUACGCGAACAAGCACGGCGAGGGCCUCACGUUCGGCGGCCGCACGUACUCCAACUGCGACGUGCAGCGCGCGCUGUCGACGGGCAUCGUCUUCACGCCCCUGAGCAACCCCGACGGCGUGGCGUACGACCAGGCGACGCACAGCUGCUGGCGCAAGAACCGUAACCCCGCCGCGUCGGGAGGCGACCCGAACGCCGUCGGCAUCGACCUGAACCGCAACUUUGACUUUUUGUUCGACUUCCUCAAAGACUUUGCGCCCAGCGUCGGACCCAACGUCGCAUCGGAAAACCCACGUGCCCAGACGUACCACGGUGUCAGCGCAUUCUCGGAGCCCGAGACCAAGAGCAUCAAGUGGGUGAUGGACGAGCACAAGGAGGUGAGGUGGUUCAUGGACAUCCACAGCUACAUCGGUGUUGUGCUGUACAACUGGGGCAGCGACGAGAACCAGCUGCGCAAGCCGUACAUGAACUUCCUGAACGAGUCGUACGACGCCGUGAGGGGUCUGAUGCCCGACACGCCGUCGAACAACGGCAUCUACGGCGAGUACAUCCCGAGCAGCGACUGGUCGGAGAAGGUGUUCGCGGCGAUGCGCAUGGGUAACGCCAUGGACGCCGCCGUGGGACGUCACUACGAGGUCCAGCAGAGCGCGUACCUGUACCCGACGUCAGGUGCCAGCGACGACUAUGCCUACUCGCGCCACUUCGCAGACCCCUCGCUCGGCAAGAUUCACGGCUUCACCGUCGAGUUCGGAUUUGGCAACAACCAGGCCAGCUGCCCGUUCUAUCCAACCCCUGACCAGUACCACCAGAACCUGCUUGAGACGAGCGCCGGCUUCAUGGAGUACCUGCUAGCUGCGUCUGAGAUUGGCGUCGGCGAGCCGGCUUCUUGUGAGGCGUGAGGUUCUUGAUCAGGAUGUGGAGGAGGAGGAGCGGGAAAGCUCCUCUUUGAUAUGGGUUGACGAGCUAAACGGGCUAGACGAAUAGACACUCCUCGGUAGCCGGGAAGAUUUCCGGAGUCAACUCCGGCGCGUUUCUCAUACAAGCUUAUAA